UCCUUUCUAUGUUUAUAUCAUUUAUCAGGGAAAGGAUUGUUAAUGACUAAUCUGUGUUCAUGAGGCACAGAGCCAAGGAAGAGAUGUUGCUGCUGAGCCGGAAGGCCGCCUGUGAUCAUCUACAGCUUUUACUAGAACUCUCCCCUCUUCCUCCUCCUCCUCACCACACUGUCUCCUGGACUCACCCCAAUGCAAACCCAGGUUCUGAACGUUUGUAGCAGAAUUGCUGCGAUUUGAAGGAAGACUGGACUCAGAAUCCUCCCAGGGCCUUGAAAGUUCAUCUCUGACCUGAGACAAUCCAAAGUUUUCUUUUGAAGACUACUGUAACAAAGGGAUAUUUUAAAUAGAACUUUGGAUGGGAUCAAAAAUGAAUCUCAUCGAACACUCCCACUUACCUGUCACGGAUGAAUUUUCUCUUUCUGAAAAUUUAUUUGGUGUACUAACAGAACAAGCAGCAGGUCCUUUGGGACAGAAUCUAGAAGUGGAACCAUACUCACAAUACAACAAUGUUCCAUUUCCCCAAGUUCAACCACAGAUUUCCUCAUCGUCCUAUUAUUCCAACCUGGGUUUCUACCCCCAGCAGCCUGAAGAGUGGUAUUCUCCUGGAAUAUAUGAACUCAGGCGAAUGCCAGCUGAGACUCUUUACCAGGGAGAGAUUGAGGUAGCAGAGAUUCCUGUAACAAAAAAGGCUCGAAUGGGUACAACAACGGGGAGAAUAAAAGGGGAUGAAUUAUGUGUUGUUUGUGGAGACAGAGCAUCUGGAUACCAUUAUAAUGCGCUGACCUGUGAGGGGUGCAAAGGUUUCUUCAGGAGAAGCAUUACCAAAAAUGCCGUGUACAAGUGUAAAAAUGGGGGCAACUGUGUGAUGGACAUGUACAUGCGAAGAAAGUGCCAAGAGUGUCGCCUAAGGAAAUGCAAAGAGAUGGGAAUGUUGGCUGAAUGUAUGUAUACAGGCUUGUUAACUGAAAUUCAGUGUAAAUCUAAACGACUAAGAAAAAAUGUGAAGCAGCAUGCAGAUCAGACCAUUAAUGAAGACAGUGAAGGUCGAGAUUUGCGACAAGUGACCUCGACGACUAAGUCAUGCAGGGAGAAAACUGAACUCACCCCAGAUCAACAGAAUCUUCUUCAUUAUAUUAUGGAUUCAUAUAGCAAACAGAGGAUGCCUCAGGAAAUAACAAAUAAAAUUGUACGUACAAAUAUCUAAAAAUGC